AUGUCCACCCGGUCGGAUUUACACGAAACAAUUGCCGGCCGCCAAGAUGCAAAGACAACAGCCAGCUUUGACAUUAUGGGAGAAGAAGCCAUAGAAAUCGACCCGCAUACUUCCAGGCGCGUCCUCAGGAAGAUCGAUCUCUUUUUAAUGCCUGCCAUGGUUAUUGGAUAUGGUCUGGUUUACUACGACAAGGCAAUUCUAGGUAACGCGGCGCUUUUUGGCAUGACCGAGGAUUUGCAGCUCAAGGUCGUCGACUCGUCGGUGAAUCCGCCGCAAUCCGACACCACCAGACUCAGCUGGGCAACGUCCAUCUUUUAUUUUGGUCAGUUGGCAGGCUCUUAUCCCAUGACAUACGCCGUCCAGUACUUUAACACGCGCUACGUUCUGGGUCCGGUUGUCAUGCUCUGGGCCGUUAUUUGCGCCGCCACGGCCGGCGUUACAACGUGGCAGGGCUUGCUUGUCCAGCGGUUCUUUCUGGAAAAAGGGUUUACGGAGGCGGUCAUUCCCACGGGCUUCAUGAUCACCGUCAGCGGAUUCUAUACGCAAUCUGAACAGGCGCUUCGGCAAAGCUGGUGGUUCUCAGGAACCGGAUGGUUCACGAUUAUUGGCGGUGCGCUAAACUAUGGGUUUGCACAGAUUGACGGUGGGUCGUUAAAGCCAUGGCAGUAUAUCUACGUCCUUGCCGGGGGGUUGACAUUUUUGUUUGGACUGUGGUGCUUCUUCAUCCCGAACUCGCCUCUGAAUGCGUGGUUUUUGAGCCCCGAGGAGCGAGCUGUGGCGGUAGAGAGGUUGCGAGCCGGGCAAACCGGAGUCAAAAAUCACCACUUGAAAUUUUCACAGGUACAGGAGGCAGCUUUCGACGUGAAGAUUUGGCUGGUUGCAAUCACAAUGGCCGCUGCGUACACUGUCAACGGGGCUGUCUCUGGUUUCGGCCCGUUGAUUGUCUCGACAUUUGGCUACUCAUCUCUGGAAAGUAUUCUGUUUCAAUUUCCUCUCGGAGGGUUGUCAGCGGCGGGCAUUAUCCUGACUGGCUGGUUGUGCUCUCGGUUGCAGAACGCUCGGAUCAUCAGCCUGUUACUCUGCUGUCUACCGGUCAUCGCGGGUUUCGCUAUGAUUUGGAAAUCGACCUGGGGUUACCAACCAGUCGUUCCGGUGGUCGGUUACUCCCUCAUUGGAUUCUUCGGUCCGGUUGUCAGCUUGACCAUUUCCCUCGGCGCGAGUAACAUCGCAGGCGAGACCAAGAAGAGUUUCAUGGCUUCAGCGGUCUUCGUGGCUUACUGCGUGGGUAACAUAAUUGGUCCACAGUUGAUCCGCAGUGAAACGAUGAACGAGCACUAUCCUGAGUUAUGGACAGGAUUGAUUAUCUGUUAUUGUAUAACAAUUUUGGCGGCCUCUGCGCUGUACGUGCUCCUGUCGCGCGAGAACGAGCGCCGUGAUACACUGGGACUGGAGGAAAGUGAGAGAGAUCGACAUGCGUUCAAGGAUCUUACCGAUAAAGAGAAUUUGCACUUUAGAUACGUUUACUGA